AUGGGACAGGAGAGCUCCCCGGUGUUUUUGAACCCUGUGGGCAUCUUUGGAAUUCUGACACAAGUUGGUGGGCCCAACCCCCGAAAUGGCUGCCACAGGAGGCGGAGGGACAUGCACAGAGUGAGCCCAAAUGAAGGGGAGAAGAGGGGCGGCUUUUCAGAGAAGAACUAUGAGUGGAGCUCGGAGGAGGAAGAGGUGGAGAAGAAGGCCCGGCCCGUGCAAGUUCUCAUCGUGAAAGACGACCACUCCUUCGAGCUGGACGAAGCCGCCCUCAACCGCAUUUUGCUCUCCGAAACCGUCCGCGACCGGGAGGUGGUUGCCGUCUCCGUGGCGGGGGCUUUCCGGAAAGGGAAGUCGUUCCUCAUGGACUUCAUGCUGAGAUACAUGUACAGCCUGGAACUGGUCGACUGGGUCGGGGAUUACAACGAGCCGCUGACGGGAUUUUCCUGGAGAGGAGGGUCAGAGCGGGAGACGACGGGCAUCCAGAUCUGGAGCGAGAUCUUCCUUGUGGACAAGCCGGAUGGGAACAAGGUCGCCGUCCUGCUAAUGGACACUCAGGGAACCUUCGACAGCCAGUCGACCCUGCGGGAUUCGGCCACCGUCUUCGCUCUCAGCACAAUGAUUAGCUCCAUCCAGGUGUACAACUUGUCACAGAAUGUACAGGAAGAUGAUCUCCAGCAUCUGCAGCUCUUCACAGAAUAUGGGCGGCUGGCCAUGGAGGAGACGUUCUUGAAGCCCUUUCAGUCCCUAAUAUUUCUUGUCCGUGACUGGAGCUUUCCUUUUUUUUACGAAUUUUCCUACGGGGCUGACGGCGGUGCGAAGUUCUUGGAAAAGCGCCUCAAGGUCUCCGGGAACCAGCACGAAGAGCUGCAGAACGUCCGGAAACACAUCCACUCCUGCUUCACCAAAAUCUCCUGCUUCCUCUUACCUCACCCUGGCUUAAAAGUGGCCACCAACCCAAACUUCGACGGGAAGCUCAAAGAAAUUGACCCCGAUUUCAUCAAGAACUUGAAGGUGCUGAUCCCCUGGCUGCUCAGCCCCGAGUAUCUAGACGUCAAGGAGAUCAACGGGAAUAAGAUCACCUGCCGUGGCCUGGUGGAAUACUUCAAGGCCUAUAUUAAGAUCUACCAAGGUGAAGAGCUGCCUCAUCCAAAGUCCAUGCUGCAGGCUACAGCAGAAGCAAACAACCUGGCUGCCGUCGCUGCCUCCAAGGACACAUACAACCGGCGAAUGGAAGAGGUGUGUGGAGGCGACAGGCCCUUCCUCGCCCCCAGCGACCUCCAGAGCAAGCACCUGGAGCUGAAAGAAGAGGCGGUGCGGCAGUUCCGGAGCGUGAAGAAGAUGGGCGGCGAGGAGUUCAGCCGCCGCUACCUCCAGCAGCUGGAGAACGAGAUCGACGAGACCUACGUCCAGUACAUCAAGCACAACGACAGCAAGAACAUCUUCCACGCCGCCCGCACGCCGGCCACCCUCUUCGUGGUCAUCUUCAUCACCUACGUGACGGCCGGCGUCACCGGCUUCAUUGGGUUGGACAUCAUAGCCAGUCUGUGCAACAUGAUCAUGGGCCUGACCCUGAUCACCCUCUGCACCUGGGCCUACAUUAGGUACUCCGGGGAGUACAGGGAGCUCGGGGCCGUCAUAGACCAAGUGGCCGCGGCGCUAUGGGACCAGGGGAACACGAACGAGGCCCUGUACAAGCUUUACAGCGCAGCCGCCACCCACAGACAUUUGUACCACCACGCCUUCCCCACGGCGCAGAAGGCGGAGCCGGCCGAAGGCCCGGAGAAGAAGACGAUGUAGCUCGGGAGCUUUCCGCGGAGGUGCAUGAAAACACAUAACAUUUAAACAUGUUAAUCGUUGCAUCCAUGUCCAAGCCUCCGACACUCCUUGAAACGAGGGGGAGGGGGGGGAAAUGAGGAGGAAACCGGUUAACCCCCUCACCUGGCUUGAGUGUCGCUGCUUUAAUUUGGACGGUGCCCUGUCGGAAGGGGGGGAGGGGGUGAUUGAGCAUGCCUGUCAUUUUCUUAAGACCACCACGGCUUUCUUUUGCUGCAGACAGGGGAAGGGGCUUCUCACUUUCCCAGGAUACCCUGCCCACUUUUUAAAUCCUUUUUCUCCAUGCUUAAAAGGACCAGCCCAAAGAAGCAGGUAGCUGGUUUGCUUCUACUUGCAGGGGGGGGCGGUCCUCCAUCCAAGGUGAGGGAGUGACACCUGCGAUAGUAAGAAGGAAUGUCCUCUCCCUGGGCACACUGAAGGUUUUCAGGACCCAGUCUGAAGUCAUUAGGACGGCUGUUUUAGCCUUAUCCAAAAGGGAUCAUGUUAGUCUCUUGAUUAUUUGCGCACAACGGUUCUUCGUUUAGCACAUUUUUCUUCAUCAAGCUGUGAAUGACGAUUUCGCUCCCUUUAAACGAUUGCCUUGUCGGAAGCUGCAGAGUUCUUUUUUUGCUACGGUACGUUUAAAAAGAUACGGGGAAAUACCCCCGAUUCUGUUCAGAAUGCACAACACGAGCCCUUUGUACAUGUACGAGUGUCACUGUAUAUAUUUUUGUUCUGUUCAUAAAAAGUGUGCCCAGUUUUUUAUUUUGUCGUCAAAUAAUUAAAA